CAGAAAGAGUGGAGGGGUUCCAGUGCCCAGAGAGCUGCAGAUUCCCAGGAUCCGACCAUGUCUCUGCAGGCUGAUUUUGACAAGGCCACACAAGAUGUGAGGAAGCUGAAAAUCAGGCCCGAGGAUGAAGAACUCAAAGAACUCUAUGGGCUUUACAAACAAUCCAUUAUUGGGGAUGUCAACAUUGCAUGCCCAGCAAUGUUAGAUUUAAAAGGCAAGGUCAAGUGGGAAGCGUGGAGCCUCCAAAAAGGGUUGUCGAAGGAAGAAGCCAUGAGUGCCUAUAUCUCUAAAGCAAGAGAACUGAUUGAAAAAUAUGGCAUUUAGAAUUCAUCAGAGGAGAAAGCUUUCCUUUGGAAACCAUCAUUAAGUGAUAUCAUGGCAUUUAGGGGCAAAUGCAUUGUUAAAUAUGGAUCAUGUAUAUUUUUGUUAUUAGCAUGAAUUAUAAUACUUAGGAUUAAAUUAACAUAGUUAAAUUUUACUAACUUAUACAAGGUGACUUUAAAAUUUUUAAAAAUUGUUGUUCUGGGGCUGGAGAGAUGGCUAAGCAGUUAAGAACA